GGACCAAUCACGAAAAGAUUCAAUUUUGAAUUUGUUCGAGGUGGGUGGGGAUUCUGUUCUGCUGCCCGCCAUAUUGUGUUCGGCUGUGAGUGCUGGGAGUGAAAAAAUAUUUUAUUUGUAGUGUAAAUUCUUUGUCUUCGUUGUACGGAUUGAAUAUUGAAAAGGUCAGCUAUGGGUGCUAAGCAGAGCAAGCGCUCGGUGGACAUCAGCGGCAAGGAGGCGGAGGGUGCGGGGGCUGGCGCAGCCGAGGUGGCGGCGGCGGGCGCGGGAGGCGAGGGUCGUCUCGAGCAGCUUGCCGACGCAGACGCCGGCGCCCCCCUUAAGCCACAGCUCAACGGGGACGCGCACAUACACGAACCAUCGGACAAAGAGAAACAGUUAGAUAGCGGCACACCUGAAAAUGAAAAGGAUGCCACGACAGAGAAGGAGAACAAAGAGGUAGAGGAGGCAAAAGAAAAGGACACUCCGGCAGUCACCAACGGGGACAGUGAGCAGAAGGAAGAAAAUGGAGAUGCAGCAGCUACCCCUGAAGAAGCAAAGAAACCUAAGAAGGAAAAGGUUAAGAAGAAAUGGUCGCUCAGGUCGAUCAGUUUCAGCAGAAAAGAUAAACCUAAGCAAGAAAAGAAAGCUAAGGAGGACGAGGCCAAAACACCGAACGGCGAGACAGAGAAACUGCCCGAAGAGGCGGCAGAAUCAGUUCCUGAGAAUGCGGUUAACGAAGUAGCAGAGGAGGCCAAAUCAGAUUCUGAAACUAAGGAUGAAAAAACUCCAGAAACUCCGGUUACCGAACCCAUCACAAACGGAAGCAAUACACCCGAAUCCCCUAAAACAGAAUCCUCCCCUACCGACGAACCCAUCCCCGAAACUCCAGAGGAGAACGACAGGCCUGAACCGAAAGCCGCCUCGCCUGAACCCAAAGCCGCCACGCCCGAACCGAAAGCUGCCACGCCCGAGCCAGAGAAACUGCCUGUGAACGGGCUCUCCCUAGAAGAACCUAAAGUUGAGGCUCCCGAGGUACCGAAAUGUGAGGAAAGUAGCGUUGAGAAAGCUACGUCAGAGACAUCGGAAUCGGUUCCGGUCCCAGAAAUUCCUGUUACAAAAGAGGUUUGUGUUGAACAAAUGCCUUUGAUAGAGCCCUCGCCUCCCCCACUCCCCGCAAAUCCUCCUCCCUCGUCGGUGGCUUCCUUUGCUGCGACCACCAUGGCACCCGAACUGACAGACUCUUCACUCGCCACUGCCACCGAUGUCACCACCACCGCAGCACCGAUCGCUACCACAGACCCCGACACUGACAUUGUUGACAGGGCUGCUUUAGAAUCAAAUACUGCUCAACUCGACGCUGAGAAAGCCGUCGCCGAGAUUCCUUCUGCUGUUACUGAAACUGUAGAAGAAAUCAAAGCUUCGAUCGAAGUCGAUGACGUUAAACCUGAACAAGUAAACAUUCCUGCUAACUUGGAAAAUGGAGUCAAUGACAGUAACGUUGACGCUACUUCCGAUGAGACCAAAAUUGAAAAUGUCGCCGAAGGUACUACUCCGGUAUUAACAGUUGUACCUGACCAUGUUGGAAUUCCUGAAAUAGUAAUAAACGAGUCACAACCGACCCAAGACUUGACGCACCCUGACGAAACUGACGAUCAAACUCAACAGGAUGACGAUACUUACGCAGCGGGCGACAAAGAAAUUAUAAGCGAUAAGAAAAUUGUUGAAGACAAAAAGAUCGAAGAAGUUAUGACCACCGAACUUAGCAGCGCGACCAACACGGAGAUUGAGAACUUGAAAAAUUCCGCCAAGGUCGUCGAAGAAGACGUCACGGAGAAGAAAUGCAACGGGACGAUUGAAGAGGAGAAGAACGAGGCAGAAAUAACUCCAGCUGAUAAAAUAGUUGCGGAAAGCGCGGGCGAGGCGACGGCGCAAGAGGACUCGAUGCCGCCCCCGCCUCCGCCCGCGCUGGACUCGCAAGGGGACGAGGCCGAGGCGACAUUGCCACUGCCGCCCUGCGAGCCUUGCCCCGCGCCUCCCGCACCCCCUGCUACACCCGCCACACCCGCCACACAGGAUGUGCUGCCCGUGUCAGACAAGAUGGCCGAUUUGAUCCCUGAAAUUCCUGUUGUGCCGGAAUUGAAAACUGAAAUGGAGAGCUCGAGCGACGUGGCGGUGGCCAACUAGAGGCGCGCUGCACCAUGCGCCGCACACUGCGCCGCACUCAGCGCCGCGUCAUUCUUUAGCCCUUAAUUUAUUUCCCGUCAGCUGUUGGUGCGCUAAGCUAAUCGAACUAAGUUCGAUGAGUCAAUAUCGGAGAAGCGGAUUUUGGUUUCGCACGUGACCUUUCUCAUAGAAUGAUUAUAGUUUAAGUUUAGAGUGCUUUGCUUAAGAUUUUAUACAUUUUUAAUUCGCUAGGACGGAGUUUUCAUAUUAUAUUACAAUAACAAAGUUAUGUAGGCAGUAUACGGUGCGAUUGAUCAGUUGGUGCCAUUGUUACAGGGGUAGUAGACCGCGAGCGCUCCCUCCCCGCGCUCUCAAGUCUGAUAGGUUACGUACACCCCGCGCCUCUCCUACUCUCUCCUGUCUCCUCCCCGCACCGCACGAGAUGCUAUUGCUUUUCCCCAAAAGUCGUUGUCAUCUUUACCCGCGAACGUCAAAUCUGAUUAUAAAAUACCACUCGAAUACGAUUAUUAUCAUAGGUUUUUAGUACUUGAGACAUAUUAUUAUUAUGUAUAUAUGAAUUAUUGAAUUUCCGGGGGCUUUCAAUUUUCUGUGUCGAUAUGAAUUUAAAAUUACUUUGUAUAUUGUUGAGAGUGUGCGAAAAUUUACUUUUUGUUUGUCGACUUGAAUACAUUUGCUAUUUGUAUUUUUAAGUUGUAAAAAUUUAGUUCGAGCUCUCUUUAAUGCGAAAAUGAAAUUUAAUUGUAGUAUUGGUAAUGCGCUCCUUUGUCUAGACUCAAAAUUAUAAUAAGGCAACUACGUAAAUGUAAUGUAAGGUUAUGGUAUUGUUAGUGUCGUGUGCGCGCGCACUCACACGACGCACUUGCAGUGGCCAACGUUUUUGAUUAUCCUAUACAUUUUUAUGCAUAUA